AUGCUUACGACCGUUAAGUCUUCGCGUAGAGCCUUUUCUGGUGCUGCACUGAGUGCGGGCUUGGUGGACCGUAGACGUGUCGAAGUUAGAAGUGGCCAAGGAGGCGCAGGCCAUGUGUCUUACAUCAAGCACGUCAGUCCGAAGUUGUUCGGUCCUGGAGUCCCAGCAGGCGGCAAUGGAGGUCGAGGGGGAGAUGUGAUUUUCAAGGCCGAUCCUAAUGUGAUCUCCCUCACGAAUGUGCCUCGUGUGGCAAGGGCCAUGGAUGGAGGGAAAGGCCGCAAUAGGAAAAUAUCCGGCAAGAACGCAUCCCCACUGGUGGUGAAGGUGCCUCUAGGCGUCGUAGUAUCGACCGAGCCUCAGGAAGAUGGGGAGAAGUCUGUCGUACUUGCGGAUCUCAACAAGGCCGAGCAGUCUUAUAUUGCCGCCUUUGGGGGAGCUGGUGGCCAUGGCAAUGUCGUUCUGGACCAUCCGCAUGACUUCACUGUUGGAGAUUGUGGUGAAGUUAAACACCUUAUCCUAGAGCUCAAGUCUAUAGCGGAUGUGGGCCUAGUAGGGUUCCCGAAUGCUGGGAAGUCGAGUUUGUUGAGGGCGCUGACUAAAGCGCGACCAAAAAUUGCAUCUUAUCCUUUCACAACCCUCGCACCACAUCUAGGAACUCUUCGGUUCACUGACGACCAGGACGGCGGCUAUGUCAUAGCUGAUUUGCCCGGCCUUGUCGAAGGAGCUCACGACAACGUUGGUCUCGGUCAUCAGUUCCUGCGCCACAUACAGAGGACAACAGCUCUGCUCUAUGUGGUCGACGGUUCCCUAGGAGCUGAUGCAGCGUUGAGCACCCUCAGAGCACUCCAGCUAGAAGUCAAACUAUACUCUGGGGAGAUGGCGGAUCGCCCUUUCAUAGUCCUCGUCAACAAGUGUGAUGGUUUAG